CCGGCGGGGGGUGAAGAAGGGGCCGGGCCUUGGGCGACAGCGACGCAAGAUGGCGGCCACCACGGGCUCGGGAGUAAAAGUCCCUCGCAAUUUUCGACUCUUGGAAGAACUCGAAGAAGGCCAGAAAGGAGUAGGAGAUGGCACAGUUAGCUGGGGUCUAGAAGAUGACGAAGACAUGACACUUACAAGAUGGACAGGGAUGAUAAUUGGGCCUCCAAGAACAAUUUAUGAAAACCGAAUAUACAGCCUUAAAAUAGAAUGUGGACCUAAAUACCCAGAAGCACCCCCCUUUGUAAGAUUUGUAACAAAAAUUAAUAUGAAUGGAGUUAAUAGUUCUAAUGGCGUGGUGGACCCCAGAGCCAUCUCCGUGCUAGCGAAAUGGCAGAAUUCUUAUAGCAUCAAAGUUGUCCUGCAAGAGCUUCGGCGCCUGAUGAUGUCUAAAGAGAACAUGAAGCUCCCACAACCACCGGAAGGACAGUGUUACAGCAACUAAGCCGAACAGACGCCACCCCUCCCCCUUCGGUUUAAGCAGCCUUCAUUUCCCACAGUAGCUCCAUUUUCUAGAUUCGUCUCCUAGACCUCCAAGCACUGGCGAGGACGCUCCCAUUGAAAGGCGGUUUAUCUUAAGAUACUGUUCAUGCUACUAAUUUGUUGUCCAUUUGAAAUCUCUAAGUUGUGCUCUAACCGGUCACCCUGUCACGUGUAACCACUGUGCACGUAGUCGAACUGCUGGGAUCAAGAAAGUCUAUGGAAACCGCUCUCCGUCGUCCCUGGUGGGCACAUCCAACUCAACUGUGAAAAGAUGCUUCAUACAAUCACCUGCUGCUCAUGACACGGCCUGGGGCCUGCCUCCUGUCCCUCCCCCUGGGGGGCCUGUUAGAGUAGAUGUGGAGGGUUCCAGGCCCCGGCCUGUGUGUGGGGGUGCUUUAGUAUCACCCUUGAGCUCCUUCUGGAUAUCACAAAUGGUGUCCCCUUUCAAGCCAUCGCCUGUUCCCCACUCUCCAUCACCACCCUGGGCUGAAGCUUAGAUUGUGACCCCUCUGCUCCCUUCUGAAAUUGGCCUUUGGGGAGGAAUUC